AUGACUCUGGAGGGCCAGGUCUGGCUUGGUCAAGUGGACUCUGGGUGCCAAUGGCAGGUUUCGCAGGUAUGCCAGUUCCCUCUGAAAGUGCAAGGUCUGAUGAAAUCCCGAUUAGGCUCUGGGACACAGAUCUCAUCGUACUAUACUUGGUCCCCAAACCCUGUCGUACCCACUGCCGACGACUCCGACAUCUAUGACGUCCCUUUCAGCUUUGUGCCCAUGCUGUGGGGCUGUACAUCGCAAUCCGAGACCGACGCCUUUCUCGAGCAAUUGGCGGGCAACUUUUCCAAUGUGACCCUUACGCCCUCACGCGACAUUUUGGGGUUCAACGAGCCUGACCAUGCUGGACAAGCUGAAUGCACUCCCUCUCAGGCAGCUCAGGUAUGGGUCGAUGUACUGGAGCCACUCAAAGAGAAGGGGUAUAGGCUCGGGAGUCCGGCUGUGACGGGCGGGGACACCGGGAAGCAAUGGAUGAUCGAUUGGUAUUCUGCUUGCAAUGGUGGCUGUAAUCCAGACUUUACAGCAGUCCAUUGGUACGACCCAGUGGCUCAAGACUUUAUCGAGCACAUCCAGCACUACCAUAACGAAUACGACCUUCCCAUAUGGGUUACCGAAUACGCACCUCAGAACUUUUCGGUCUACAACUCCACGACAGGUCUCUACGAUGACCAAGCGACCUACAUCGAGAUCCAGAGAUUUAUGGACGUCACGACUGCCUAUAUGAAGAGCGUCAGCUGGGUCGAGAGAUGGUUCUGGUUUGGGGCAAUGUACGAUAUGCAAGAUGUCAAUACGCUUGAUACGCUAUUCGACGAGAGUGGGAAAGAGAGCCGCACUGGAGCGCUGAACGAUUUGGGGGUCGAGUUUGCGGGUGCCAACGGAAGCGUCGUGUCGUCAUACGAUCAUUCUGGUUCGGAUGGAACACUGGCCAUAGAGUGGAAUAGAGUGCUGGUGUUGUGGGUAGCGGUUAAUACAGGGCUGUCCUGCCUAUUGUAG